AUGCAGACAAGGCAAGCUCCAUUCGCCGCCAUUGCCACCGACCUAGGCAUGCUGCGGAUGGGCUUCAUGGAGUCGAGCGCCGAGUCUCUCUCAUCCGCCAGCCGCGCAGCCUCGCUCUCGGCUCGAACUACUACAACGUUGGACAAUCAAGGAGGGGAGAACCCGUUAUUCUCCCGGCCCUUUGUUCAGAGAAACGGGCGAACAUACCUGAACGACACGUCGCUUCCUUACCCGUUGCCGUCAGACUUGACCGAGACUCACCGCCAGUCGCUGCGAUCUCUGCUGCUCAUCCAGCUCUUCGGGGCCCCAGUAUGCUCCUCUUCGGUUACGAAAAAGCCUCCUCAACGGGUGCUGGAGGUCGGAUGCGGCUCGGGAUUUUGGAGCAUGAUGUGCCACAGGUACUUCAAGGAGCGCGGGCACAGCCAGAUCUCUUUCACAGGAAUCGACAUCGCCGCCAUCACGGCGGCAGAUGCUCCAAAGCCAGACCGAGACAUGCAGUGGGAGUUUGUCCACCACGACAUCCGUCAGCUGCCCUGGCCGUUGGCAUCGGAAGAAUUCGACUUGAUCAUGGUCAAGGACAUGAGCCUGGCCACCACGAAUGCGCAGCAUCAGGGCUUCAUCGACGAGUACCUACGGAUACUCCGACCAGGCGGCACGCUCGAGUUCUGGGAGUCGGAUCAUCUCAUCCGCAUGUUGAGACCACAUGUGCCUGGGUCCGCGCCCACUGUCGACGAAGCAGACGAACAAGAGGCUGCCUCUAGCCUCGGGGCUUAUCUGCUUUCCCCAAACACUCCCCUGACAGCUCCGCAGAACGAAUACCUCGUCGAAUACAACGGUUGGCUGACCCGGGCGCUCGAAAGCCGAGAUCUCAGCGCUGUACCUUGCACCUUGGUCGGGCCCCUGCUCCUGCAAGAAUCCGAGACGUUGACGGAAGUCAGGACGAGGCGGCUGGCCAUUCCCCUCAGCGAAGUGCGCUGGGAGCGCGAAGGCGUCGGCGGUGUCGUGACCCAAGACGGCAAGCAAACGGGGGAGGCACGCGGCAAGGAGCACAAGAUGGGGAAAACGCUCACGGCGGGCCAAAUAGCCCUCCGGAAGACGGCUCUCCUCACGGUUGUGCAACAAGUGCAGGCACUUGAACCCAUUCUGAGAGAGAUCAACAACAAGAGCCUGGAUGAGUGGGAUGCCUGGCUGGGGAAAAUGAUGGGCAAUCUGAUGGUGAAUAGCGAUAGCAUUCUGGGAGAGUGCCUCGAAGUGGGCGCAUGGUGGGCGAAGAAGCGAAAGACGCGAAGCCAACAAGGAUGA